AUGCCGCCGCCUCCCAUCUCAGGCGAGAUCCGGCGGGCGGCGAUGAAGCGCCCGGCCCUGCUCGCCGUCCCGGCCGUCCUCCUCCUCUCCCUCUCCUUCCUCCUCCUCAGGCCGUCCUCCUCCCCGCCCCUCCUCCCCUCCGCGCGCACCACCGACCCCGGCCCCGGCCACCGCCGCCGCCUGAGCGUCUACGUCGCCGACCUCCCGCGCGCGCUCAACCACGGCCUGCUCGACCUCUACUGGUCGCUCCCGGCCGCCGACGCCCGCAUCCCGGCCUCCUCCGACCCGGACCACCCGCCGCCGCGCGGCCACCCGCCCUACCCCGCCAGCCCCCUCAUCAGGCAGUACAGCGCCGAGUACUGGCUCCUGUGCUCCCUCCUCGGCCCCGCCGCCCCCGCGUCCGCGGUGGUGAGGGUCGUCGCCGACUGGAGGGAGGCCGACGUCGUCUUCGUCCCCUUCUUCGCCACGCUCUCCGCGGAGAUGGAGCUCGGCUGGGGCGCCACCAAGGGCGCCUUCCGCAGGAAGGAGGGGAAUGGUGACUACCGCCGCCAGCGGGAGGUCGUCGACCGCGUCACCGCGCACCCGGCCUGGCGCCGGUCCGGCGGCCGCGACCACGUCUUCGUCCUCACAGACCCUAUGGCAAUGUGGCAUGUCCGGGCGGAGAUUGCUCCAGCAAUUCUACUGGUGGUUGAUUUUGGCGGGUGGUACAAACUCGAUUCAAAAUCUGCAGGCGGCAACUCUUCUCAUAUGAUACAGCACACUCAAGUGUCAUUGCUGAAAGAUGUCAUUGUGCCUUACACACAUUUGCUGCCUACCCUGCACCUAUCAGAAAAUAUGGAUCGCCCCACUCUUCUGUACUUCAAGGGAGCCAAGCACAGGCAUCGGGGUGGUUUGGUGCGUGAAAAACUGUGGGACUUGAUGGUUAACGAGCCUGAUGUUGUCAUGGAAGAAGGUUUUCCUAAUGCCACAGGACGUGAGCAAUCAAUAAAAGGGAUGCGGACAUCAGAGUUUUGCUUGCACCCAGCUGGUGACACCCCAAGUUCAUGCCGUCUCUUUGACGCUGUUGCAAGUCUUUGCAUACCCGUCAUUGUCAGCGAUGACAUUGAGCUUCCUUUCGAAGGGAUGAUAGACUACACAGAAUUCUCCAUUUUUGUGUCAGUCGGUAACGCAAUGAGACCCAAAUGGCUAACGAACUACCUAAGGAAUAUCUCCAAGCAGCAGAAGGAUGAAUUCAGAAGAAACCUGGCUGGAGUCCAGCAUAUCUUUGAGUACGAAAACAGUCACCAUAGUAGCAAGGACUCUGACCCAGAAAAUGGUGCUGUGAACCACAUAUGGAAGAAGAUUCAUCAGAAGUUGCCGAUGAUUCAAGAAGCAGUCACCCGGGAGAAGCGGAAGCCUGAAGGCGCAUCGAUCCCACUUCGGUGCCAUUGUACCUGA